AUGCUGUACAAGUCUUGUAAAAAAUGGCUGGCGUAUUCAGUCAUAUUCACAUUCCUGACCGGAUGUCUGGCAGUGGAAAUGAUCGUAAAAGAACCAUGGCCUGUAGGUAAUCACUUCCGGGUGGAGGCCAAAUGUUCUUUGACUAUAACAGAAUACCUAACUUCAUUCCACGUAUAUAUAUCAUUUGAUCGACCAACGACCAACCUUGAGGUGUUCAUAGCAGAUGAGAGAGAUAAGGAACCGAGCGGGUUAUGGUACUAUGUACAGACGAAAUACCCCUACGGAUCAAACCAGUCUCCAUUAGACAUGGUCUUCCAUGUUGACCUUACCACUAAUGAAAAACCUAGUGGUGUCUGUUCUGAAGUGAAUGGCGAUAGGCUUAACGUUAACACAGCAGGACAGAUGACGACAAAAAGUACUACGUCAUCUAACGUAAUAACGACUGUGCCCUCAACUACAAGAUCACCAACGACAACAACUACAACCACGACGGUAACAGCUCCAACCACGAAGGUAACAGCUCCAACCACGAAGACAUCUACUUCUACAAGCGGUCCAACAACACCUACAACUACAACAACAACAACAACAACAACAACACAGAGAGCAACAGGGGUCACAUCAGUGCCACCACCGUACGACUAUGGGGAAUUGUUACGGCUGUCAAUACUGUUCUACGCUGCUCAAAGAUCAGGUGAUCUACCAGACGAUAACCCAAUAUCGUACAGAAAGGACUCGGCUCUGACAGACCAAGGCGACAACGGAAGAGACCUGGUUGGAGGCUUUUACGACGCUGGUGAUUAUGUCAAAUUCAACUUUCCUAUGGCUGCGUCAGUUACUUUGUUAACAUGGGGACUGAUUACAUGGCCUGACGCAUACGCCUCUGCCGGACAACUUGAUUCCAUGUAUGACUGUAUUAAAUGGCCGCUGGAUUACUUCGUGAAAUGCUGGGAUGAGAACAACAAUGCCUACUACACACAGGUUGGAAAUGGAAUCGCUGAUCACGCCUAUUGGGGACAGCCAGAAAAUAUGACGAUGGCGAGACCUGCACUUAAAUUGACCGCAAACAAACCCGGAAGUGACGUGGCUGGUGAAACCGCCGCAGCAAUGGCCGCAGGUGCCAUUGCAUUCAAAUCAAGAGAUCCAGCGUAUUCAGAUUUGUUACUAAACAAGGCAAAGACUUUGUACACGUUCGCAAAAAUGCAUCGAGGGAAAUACUCGGAUUCAUUCCCAGAGAUAAGAGAGUUUUACGGGUCUAGCGGAUAUGAGGAUGAACUGGCCUUGGCUGCCGCCUGGCUCUAUAAAGCAACACAAGUGACAACUUACCUCGCUGAAGCCCAGCUAUACUACUCCUCAUCUGGCACACCAUGGGCUCUUUCCUGGGACUCAAAGACCCCUGCUGUACAGAUUCUUCUCUACAACAUUACAAGGGAACCAACGUACCGAUCAGAUAUCUUACGGUUUCUCGAAUCUUGGCAGUCUGGGAAUGGCCUUCAUUAUACACCACAAGGUUUAGCAUGGAGGGACCAAUGGGGGUCCCUACGGUACACAGGUAACACGGCUCUUGUGGCGCUGAUGGCGGUCGAGCAAGGACUUGACGAGAAAUACCGUACAUGGGCACAAUCUCAAAUCCAUUACAUGGUUGGAGACAAUUACAAUGAGUUUAGUUACGUCAUUGGAUUUGGUAACGACUUUCCACGGAAUCCACACCAUGCAAGCAGUUCAUGUCCGGUAUCCAAUUUACCUUGUGGCUGGUCUUUCUACAAUGAUCUGAGCCAGCCUAAUCAUCACGUACUACUGGGUGCCCUAGUUGGAGGUCCUAGCAGAAAUGACGAAUAUGAGGACAAACGAACGGACUAUAUAAUGAACGAAGUCACAUGUGAUUACAAUGCAGGAUUCCAGUCAGCUGUAGCAGGUCUUCUCCAUUUCCAUGUGCUUUCAAAUCCAGUAGAGGUAACGACGAUGGGGCCAACUCCAUUACCACAACAAACGCCCGGAGGGGAUAUGGUGGAAUCCAAAGCUACAAAGAGUUCUUCAUAUCUCUUUUUAAGGAUGCCCUGCUUAUGUCUACUGCUAAUCUACUGGACAUCUGAAAAUCCAUUUUAA